AGGAACUGGAAAAUAAGGAAAAGCCAAAUGUGGAGGAGAAAGCUGGAGAGAAUAGAGAUAGAGAGAGAGAGAGAAACGUGCAGAAGUAGAGGGAGUGAAAGCGGGAGCGAUAGAGGAGAGAGUAAAGCGGGAGAAAGGAAGAGAGAAUUUGCUGAAAGGAAGCAUUUUUGUUGGAUGGGAGAAAAACAACCAUGGAAACUUCAUCAGAAGAAAACCAAGACCAGAGGCAGGACAAAAGAGGUUGCUUUGAGUGCUGCAUCAAAUGUUUAGGCGGGGUGCCGUAUGCGUCGCUGGUGGCUACAAUCCUCUGCUUCUCCGGCGUGGCCCUGUUCUGUGGAUGUGGCCAUGUGGCUCUCACUGGCACCGUGGCCAUCCUGGAAACCCACUUCUCCAAGGUCACCAGUGAUCAUGCCAUGCUGACUGAUAUAAUACAGCUGAUGCAGUAUGUCAUCUACGGCAUUGCUUCAUUUUUCUUCCUGUAUGGAAUCAUUCUGCUGGCUGAGGGCUUCUACACAACAAGUGCUGUCAAGGAGCUGCACAGCGAGUUCAAGACCACCAUCUGUGGCCGCUGCAUCAGUGGAAUGUUUGUCUUCCUCACAUACAUUCUGGGUAUUGCCUGGCUGGGUGUGUUUGGCUUCUCCGCCGUGCCAGUCUUCCUCUUCUACAACAUGUGGUCCACCUGUGCCACCAUGAAGACUUCCAUGGCCAAUCUCACUGACAUCGACUCCAUCUGUGUGGAUAUUCGUCAGUACGGAAUUAUCCCAUGGAAUGCCACACCAGGAAAAGCCUGUGGAUCUACGCUAGGUGACAUCUGCAACACCAGCGAGUUCUACCUGUCCUAUCACCUGUACAUCGUAGCGUGCGCCGGGGCAGGAGCCACUGUGAUCGCUCUGAUCCACUUCCUCAUGAUUCUCUCAGCAAACUGGGCCUACCUUAAGGAUGCCAGUCAAAUGCAUGCCUACCAAGACAUCAAAAUGAAGGAAGAGCGGGAGCUGCAGGACAUCACCUCUCGCUCAAAGGAAUGCCUCAAUUCCUACACAUAAGGAUAUUACACAUUCACAAACAAACGCACCCACACAUACACACACAGACACAUGUACAGACACAUAAACACACUGUGGCCCCUUUGGACCAAGACAAUGCUCAGCUGUAAUAACCUGCCAACUGCCGUGACACUGUGCAGUACUAACCCGGCUCCUAACAAACUAAUGCAUCAGUGUUGCUUCUGCACUAACUCACAAGUGGUCCAGAAAUGCUACUUAAAAUGUCAUUUAUGAUGUUUCUUAUUUUGUAUUUUCUGAAGGAAAAAAGUAAUUUUGAAUUGAAGUAGUCUUACUUUCUCUGGCCCUUUUAUAGCCAUUGAGACAUUGCACUAUUCGUAUACAACGCAUAAUGAUGAUAUUUGUUUUACAGUCUUGCUCUGUCUUUCUUUUGAGCUUUGGGGGCCAGUUUUUAACAAGGGAAUGUGACAUUUUAUUUUCUUGCUUAUUUGUUUUCAAUUACACGUGCAGAUUAUUAAACACAACAUAAAAGGCCUUACAUUCAGAACUAGUGUGUGACUUCUAGCUGGCAUGUUGGAAGAACCAUCACAUUACAAUGCACUGAGAAAAGACUGGCAUGUCACAACAUGUUUUGCUUUGAUACAGCAAAGAGCGAUACAAUAUAUAAUGUGGAUCCAGUUAUUUUGUAAAAGUUCAAAUAUUUAACCACAUCAUAAUCAUAGUGAUAAUCUCAGUGAUAAUAAUUGGAUCUAGAUUUUAUUGUAAGGCUACUUAAGUCACUCAGAGCAUUCAUGGCCUCCAUUAACCCUACCUCAGGUGUGCACUAGAGCUUAAGAAACAAUUAAACUGGAACAAACAUUUCUCCGUAGUAAAACCAUGGUUUUAAAAUCCAAUUAUAAUCAGAACACAACGGGAGCUCCUCCACAAUGCAGUAUUUUAGUAUUCAACCUUCAUGAAUAAUGCCAUAAGAAUACAUUGCUUUCUAAAUGUGAACUGCUGCCAAUUAUUAGACAGGAUAUUCAUAUUCAAUAUAUUAAAGUUGAGUCCAUGUGUUUUCAUUUACGCUAACGAAAAAACAAAGCAGGUAUCUCUGAUCCCUCAGAUGCUCCACUGUAAUAUUGUAUCAUAUAUUGCAAUAUACGAUCAAACUUUACUUGAUUUUGAAAAGUCUUAUUAAACAAGUAACUAAGUCCCAUGUGGAAUAUUCCUAUGAAAAAAACCACAGAAGUUAGGGUGUGAAAAAUGUCAGGAUCUUUCGAGUUUUUUUCCGAAGAUACAACCACUUCAUUUAGUUCUUUAUUUGUUAUUAUUGCACCAGUUUUUGAUGUGCAAUUGUCCUAAUGCUGAUAUAAUUACUCAUGUAAUCUUGUUUCUAUUAGUUGAUUUACAGGGAUAAGUUUCUUUGUUGCAUGAAGACAACUGUUUCUGCAGUGACACACGUGAUGUACAGUCAUGUUUACCGACAUCAGUAGUAGGCAGUGUUUGCCUCAUUUUUAUUUUUGAUGCUUACAAAUUAAUCCUUUUUAUGUAGCUGAUUAGUUAUUAGUUUUGUAGGUUAUUUUCAGUCAGAAGUAUACGAGUCCUAUAUAAUUUUGUUGCCUGAUAUUAUACCUGUAUUUUCUAUACAUUUCAAGGGCUUCCUCGUGAAUUACAGAUGCUCAACUUUUAAUUGAACUUUCAGAUAACAAUUGAUAGGACAGCCGUCAUUAAGAAAUCGUACAGCAAUCUAAAUGGUAUAUUUAGCCAAAGUAUGAAAGCUAGUGUGACCGCCCAGUGUUUUACACAGUAUCUGUGAGCUAUAAAACCUGCAUAGUUCUGCAGAACUAAUGGCCAAGGAUAAAGGUAACAAGUACAUCUCAUCUGAUCUUUGUACGCUGCUUCCUGUUGAUGAACCAAAAACUAAGUAAAGGCUACCCAUCAAUCACCAGGAAGACAACAAUCCAGCAACCUGUCUGACUGGAAACCCUUCAAUGACAUUUCUCAAACGCCUGUUGACUGUUUUUAUGAAAAUAAAAAAAAAUAAACAAACCUCA